CGUUUCGAUCUAGCGUUCAGUAACCCAGAGGAAGAAGAUCUAGUUGAGAUUUCCAAGGAAGAAAAAACGGAUGGCGUGCUUCGCUUGGUCGUUCAAGCGAAGCAUCCAGUACGAGAACGCAUUUGCAUGAAAGCGGACGUUGCAGUAACGCUUUCCUUCGCAGCCGUUUUAGACACUCUCAAUGUCGGAGCACUAAAUGAUGCCAUUGUCAUCCAAGACGGAGGCCUCACGUUUUCAAAGCUGCUUGCACUUUCAACAGCCAAUGGUCAUAUAACCACAAAGCCCGGUGCCACUGGUGGCAAGGUCGUGCUUAGCACAGCUAAUGGUGGUAUCACAACACAGGAACUUAUUGGUCACGACGUCGCGUUAUCGUCUUCCAACGGUCAUAUUGACUCUAACAUCAAAUCAUUGACCGGUAAUCUGGACGUCUCCACCGCGAAUGGCAAGAUUGACGUCAGCGUCGCGUCUAUCUUGGGUACUUCCAAGGUUGAGCUCUCCACAUCAAAUGGAGCCAUCGCAGCAAAUCUGGUAAAUGAAUUAAAUAAACUUAAAAGAUGGGAGAUUGGAUAUAAUCGAGUAUUAGAUAGUGUGUAUAUAGCUCACUUUCCCGCCCUUUCACAUAGCCCGAUUCCUUUGAAUCAUCAUUUGAUAUCUCCACAGUCAUGGGCAGAAUCCAUGUCAAGAGCGACCAUCCAGGAAAAGUCCAUUACAAAGGCUCACGUAGCAGCCGCCAUGUGCAAGGUUACUAUGGUGAUGAGGAUAAAAGGACCGGCAACACUGUGAAACUCAAUACAGUUAUGGGUGGCUCUACACUUACUUUUGUUUAACACAUAACAAUCAUGUGUGUGUCCCAUUAUGUCAAUAAACUCGAAUGGCCAUUUGCACGCACCAUCAAUUGUUC